CCGCGCGCGCGGGCACGCGGUGCGCCUGCGCAGAGUUGCGUGGCGCGGCGGAGGGCAGGGGCCGUGUAGAGUGAGCGGCGCUGCGGGUGGGGCCGUCGGCGGCGCUGGUGAGAGAACGCCGAGCCGUCGCCGCAGCCUCCGCCGCCGAGAAGCCCUUGUUCCCGCUGCCGGGAGGAGAGUCUGUGCCGACAAGAUGGCGGACGGGGAGCUGAACGUGGACAGUCUCAUCACCCGCCUGCUGGAGGUACGAGGAUGUCGUCCAGGAAAGAUUGUGCAGAUGACUGAAGCAGAAGUUCGGGGCUUAUGUAUCAAGUCUCGGGAGAUCUUUCUCAGCCAGCCUAUUCUUCUGGAGUUGGAAGCACCACUGAAAAUUUGUGGAGAUAUUCAUGGACAGUAUACAGAUUUACUGAGAUUAUUUGAAUAUGGAGGUUUCCCACCAGAAGCCAACUAUCUUUUCUUAGGAGAUUAUGUGGACAGAGGAAAGCAGUCUUUGGAAACCAUUUGUUUGCUAUUGGCUUAUAAAAUCAAAUAUCCAGAGAACUUCUUUCUCUUAAGAGGAAACCACGAGUGUGCUAGCAUCAAUCGCAUUUAUGGAUUCUAUGAUGAAUGCAAACGAAGGUUUAAUAUUAAAUUGUGGAAGACCUUCACUGAUUGUUUUAACUGUCUGCCUAUAGCUGCCAUUGUCGAUGAGAAGAUCUUCUGUUGUCAUGGAGGACUGUCACCAGACCUGCAAUCUAUGGAGCAGAUUCGGAGAAUUAUGAGACCCACUGAUGUCCCUGAUACAGGUUUACUCUGUGAUUUGCUAUGGUCUGACCCAGAUAAGGAUGUGCAAGGAUGGGGAGAAAAUGAUCGUGGGGUUUCCUUCACUUUUGGAGCUGAUGUAGUCAGUAAAUUUCUGAAUCGUCAUGAUUUAGACUUGAUUUGUCGAGCUCAUCAGGUGGUGGAAGAUGGAUAUGAAUUUUUUGCUAAACGACAAUUGGUAACCCUAUUUUCAGCCCCAAAUUACUGUGGCGAGUUUGAUAAUGCUGGUGGAAUGAUGAGUGUGGAUGAAACUUUGAUGUGUUCAUUUCAGAUACUGAAACCAUCUGAAAAGAAAGCUAAGUAUCAGUAUGGUGGACUGAAUUCUGGACGUCCUGUCACUCCACCUCGAACAGCUAAUCCACCGAAGAAAAGGUGAAGAAAGGAAUUCUGUAAAGAAACCAUCAGAUUUGUUAAGGACAUACUUCAUAAUAUAUAAGUGUGCACUGUAAAACCAUCCAGCCAUUUGACACCCUUUAUGAUGUCACACCUUUAACUUAAGGAGACGGGUAAAGGAUCUUAAAUUUUUUUCUAAUAGAAAGAUGUGCUACACUGUAUUGUAAUAAGUAUACUCUGUUAUAAUAUUCAACAAAGUUAAAUCCAAAUUCAGAAUUAUCCAUUAAAAGUUACAUCUUCACGUAUCACAAUUUUUAAAGUUGAAAAGCAUCCCAGUUAAACUAGAUGUGAUAGUUAAACCAGAUGAAAGCAUGACGAUCCAUCUGUGUAAUGUGGUUUUAGUGUUGCUUGGUCGUUUAAUUAUUUUGGGCUUGUUUUGUUUUGUUUUUUGUUUUUGCUCUAAUGGAAUUUUUUUUUUCCCUAAACAUUUUUAAAAGUGAAAUAUGGGAAGAGCUUUAAAGACAUUCACCAACUAUUAUUUUCCCUUGCUGAUCUACUUAUGUACCUGUUUGAUCUUACUAAGAAAACUUAUGCCUCAUUUCAUUACAGUAAAAAGGAAUUUUAGAGGUUGAUCGUUUUUUAAAUAGGCAAACUGUCCAAUGAUUUUAAUCAGUUUGACUGGGCAAACUUUACAGCUGAUAGUGAAUAUUUUGCUUUAUACAGAAAUUGCCACUGAUUUGGAUUUGUGCACUCUAAUUUUUAACUUAUUGAUGCUCUAUUGUGCAGUAGCAUUUCAUUUAACUUUAAGAUAAGGCUCAUAUAGUAUUUACCCAACUAGUUGGUAAUGUGAUUAUGUGGUACCUUGGCUUUAGGUUUUAAUUAGCACGAAACACCUUUGGCAUGCUUAACUUUCUGGUAACACCCUCACCUACAUUGGUUUUGUUUUUUGGGGUUUUUGUUGUUGUUUUUGUUUGUUUGUUUUGUUUGUUUUUAGAUCCACAUACAUGAAAAUCCUUUUUUGACAAGCCUUGGAAAGUUGACAUACUAUCUCUUUUUUUCUUCCUUGUAUACAAAGGAUGUAUUUAAAUGAAUGCCGGUCAGUGGGACAUUUUGUCAACUAUGGGUAUUGGGUGCUUAACUGUUUAAUAUUGCCAUGUGAAUGUUGUAUACGAUUGUAAGGCUUAUGUCACUAAAGAUUUUUAUUCUGAUUUUUCAUAAUCAAAGGUCAUAAUGAUAUUGUAUAGACAUGCUUUGUAGUGAACUAUAGUAGCAAUAAUUUCUGUACAUGAUCAAGAGUUUAUUGCAGCAUUUCUUUUCCUGUUCUCUUUUUUUUAAGGGUUAGUAUUAACAAAUGGCAAGUAAUAGAAAAGUCAACAAAAAGAUUUUAGAAGGAGAACUUACAGGACACAGAUUUGUGAUUCUUUGGAUGUGACACUAUUGGAUGUGAUUCUAAAAGCUUUUAUUGAACAUUGUCAAAUUUGUGAGCUUAAUAGGGAUGGACAUCAUAUUUAUAAUGCCCUUCUAUAUGUGCUACCAUAGAUGUGAAAUUCUUGACCUUAAUAUUGUCUUUGAAAAUGUUAAAUUGAGAAUUCUGUUAACAUUUUAUGAAUUGGCGCAUUGUAUUACCGCAAGAGAUAUUUGAUUUUCAGCACAGUGCAAAAGUUCUUUAAAAUGCAUAUAUGUCUUUUUUUCUAAUUCCAUUUUGUUUUAAAGCACAUUUUAAAUGUAGUUUUCUCAUUUAGUAAAAGUUGUCUAAUUGAUAUGAA